GAAGGAUAGGUUAGGUGCAUUGCUCGUAGUAUUUAGUUCAGCUGGGUACCGUUGUUAUCUUCAGCAGCGCAGGGCUACAGCCAGCAGAGAUCGUUUCGCAACGGCAGGCAGGAGGGCCUUUAGGAAUUUCUUUUCGAAGAUGAGUUAGCAGAAAGGUGAUCUAUUAGAAAAGUGACUAACUUUGUCAAAAUAUACUGGCUCAUGACGACCACAUACGGUUUACACUUUUGUUUUAUCACAUUAAAGAAUUGGAUACUUACCAGAUGAAGAUUAUGUCCGACGAUGAAGCUACCAUGGAUUCAAUGGAUACAGAAGAGGAUAUCUUUACACCUCGUACUCGUAGUCUUGGUUCAACAGCUAGGAAAUCAAAGAGCAUACGCAACCUACGAUCUCAUCCCAUGAAUGGAGCUCACAUGAACCGCAGUAAUUGCAGUGUUAGGCGCAGUACGCGAAAUAGAAUGCAAACUUAUGACAAUUUAAAUACUAGCUGGAUUCUAGGAACUCAAACAUUGAAAGGAUAUCCCAUGUUUCAACAGCCUGGCUCAUCAUCUGAUAAAGAAAUGACCGAAGAAGUGAAUGAUAGGAAACGUAAGCCAAGAAGACGUAUACCUCUCAAAUCUCGAGAGAACCAUGCAUUAGACAAAACUGCCACUAGACAUAUGAGGACACUACGUGACAGAGACCAGGAUCGAGAGCUUCGGGAUCGGCCUGAUCGAAACAAGGAACUGAGAGACCGACAAGAACGUGAUAAAGAAUCCAGAGAGAAGCCAGAACAUGAUAAGACUUCCACAGAUACGUCACCUAUCAAAGAGGAAUCUGAGGAGCACCGAAGACAGGAUGAGGAUAGAUCUGAAAAAGAAUUAGAAGACAGAGCGGACAAAGAUCCAAGAACCAAGACAGAAUUAAAUGCUACAAACAACGAAAAGGAAGCUAGGAGAAGAAAGUCUGAUAGUUCACCUAAACCAAGAGAAGGGCCUGUAACAAGAUAUAGUGGUAUUAUGUUGGAAAAAGGUGGGAAAUCAAAAGUCGAGCCAAAUGAUGAAGGAGUUAGUUCUCACGAAAGUGACAAACCACAUCAUAUUGAAAAUUCUGACAACGAAGAUGGAUAUGAGGAUAUGUACACGAGGAUAAAACGAACUAAAAGGGCUACCCAGCGUCAAUUACCACGGGAUAAAAAAUCGGUUGUACAAAGUGAUUCGAGUGAAUCCUCGGAUUCUCCUAGCCCUCGAAAGUAUAGCCUACGACAGAAGAAGCCAGCUGUUGAUAGAUUUCAAGCCAACGUUGAACCAGUGCAGAGAUCAUUUCGAGUUCUUAGAAGUGUGCUCACUAAUUCUAUGCGAAGAUGCAAACAUAGGACCAAGAGCACAAGCUCCAGUGAUUCAAGUGAUUCAGAACCGCAACGUUAUGACAAGAAGAAAGGGAAAAAAGCACGGCAAUCUACACUACCACAAGGUGGACCACCAGAUCGCAAAGCUGACAUAGAUCCCAUCACAGUAGACACCAACAUAAGAUUCAAUGAUGUUGGAGGUCUAGAAUCACACAUUCAUUGCCUUAAAGAGAUGGUAGUUUUUCCAAUGAUGUACCCAGACGUCUUCGAUCAAUUUCACAUCACACCACCAAAAGGAGUUUUAUUCCAUGGACCACCAGGUACUGGAAAAACUUUAAUCGCCAGAGCUCUUGCUAAUGAGUGUAGCCAAGGAGACCGUAAAGUGUCAUUCUUUAUGCGCAAGGGUGCAGACUGCUUGUCAAAAUGGGUUGGCGAGUCCGAACGACAAUUAAGGCUACUAUUCGAACAAGCUCAACAAAAAAAGCCAUCCAUAAUUUUCUUCGAUGAGAUAGAUGGCUUAGCACCUGUCAGAAGUACAAAACAGGAUCAAAUCCAUGCCAGUAUAGUUUCCACACUACUAGCACUUAUGGACGGCCUGUGCAACAGAGGAGAGGUUAUUGUAAUUGGAGCAACAAAUAGGCCAGAUGCAAUAGAUCCUGCGUUGCGAAGGCCUGGUCGUUUUGAUCGAGAGCUAUUCUUUCCACUGCCUCCUAGAAAAGAGAGAUUAGAAAUUCUCAAGAUACACGUCAGUAAAUGGGAAAAUCCGCCUUCUCAACAGUUGCUCGAAAUCUUAGCCGAAAAAACAACUGGUUACUGUGGUUCUGAUUUAAGAGCUCUGUGUACGGAAGCAGUUUUACAGGGAUUAAGAAGAACGUAUCCACAAAUAUACAUGACGAGUGAUAGACUGCUCUUGGAUCCUAAGAGAGUUGAGGUGAAGAAGCGCGAUUUUAUGCAGGCAAGCUCGAUUCUUGUUCCAUCGACGCACAGAGCAGCCCCAUCCGCUGGAAGAAAGCUACAAACAUUUUUGGAGCCUUUAUUGAAUCCUGCUUUAGAAAUCAUACUCACUACUAUAAAAAAGACAUUCCCUCAGGGUGUUAACCCUACUAUGGCAAAGAUUAAAAUAGUUAAAGGAAUUCAUAGACCACGGUUAUUGGUUUCUGGUGGACACAAUUCUCAAGGACAAGGGCUACAUCUAGCACCAGCAGUUCUGUAUAAAAUGGAACACUUGCCGGUACACACACUUGACGUUAGCACGCUGUUCGCAGAAAGUGCGAGAUCUCCAGAAGAAGCUUGUGUACAGGUAUUCAAUGAAGCAACUAGAAAUGUACCUUCUAUUAUUUACAUCCCAACAAUCGAUCAAUGGUGGCCACUUGUCCCAGAAACGGUAAAAGCAGUAUUUUUGUGUCGGAUCAUGGCGCUUGAUCCAACCUUACCGAUUCUAAUUUUGUCAACUUGUGAUACAAGUUAUGAGGAAUUACCACCCCACCUCAGAAAUUUAUUCAGUAAAUUUCGUGGUGAGGUAUACUCGAUGACAAAUCCAACGUCAGAACAGAGAACGCAGUUCUUUGAACCAAUUUAUUUGUUACAAAGUCUGAAACCACCCCCAAUUAAAGACGAUAAGGUUGCAGUUUUAGAACAACUGCCAUUAGCACCAGCAUAUGUGCCAAAGAAGAUGACUGAAAACGAAAGAAUUUGUCUAUAUGAAAAGGAAGAAGCAUCUUUGAGGGAACUCAGAAUAUUUUUACGAGAAAUUUGUGCCAAACUUGCCAGAAACCGACAAUUUUUCAUGUUUACAAAACCAGUAGACACAGAAGAGGUACCAGACUACAAUAUGAUUAUCAAACAGCCAAUGGAUUUGGAAACUAUGAUGACCAAAAUAGAUAUGCAUUGUUAUUUAUGCGCUCGAGAUUUCCUAGAUGACGUCGAUCUAAUCUGUCGGAAUGCACUAGAAUACAACCCAGACAGCUUGCGCGAUAGGCCAUCCCUUGGAAUAUUGAAGAGGGAUCCAGCGGAUAAACUGAUAAGACAUCGUGCGUGUUCUCUUCGAGAUAAUGCCUAUGCACUUAUAAAAGCAGAACUGGAUUCAGAUUUUGAGGAUAAAUGUCGAGAGAUUUCUAAAAGCCGUAAAAUUAUUGAAAACAUUGAUGGUGAUGCAGAAAGUAAGAGUUCAAAAACAGAUUCUCUGAUAAAUAGUGAAAAGAAUGAUAAAAAAGAUGCAUCAACCCCAACAAGUGGUGUUAUGGUGAAUGGCAAAAAGUUCUCCACGACUAGAAAACGCCGAAUACCUGCCUGGGCAAGAGGCUAUGUGAAAAAAGUUCACAAAAAGAAAAAAAUUGCCUUCGAUGAUAGCACCAUAGAAAUAAUAACUAAGCAGAAUAUAUCUCCCGACAACACUGGAGGUAUUGAUUUGGAAAAAUUCCAAGAAUUCGAAUCUGAAGCAAACAGUGUGCUCAAUGGGCAUGGCCCCCUUUUCAAUAAUUCUGAUUCUGAAAAUGAUUCACAAAAUGAAACUCUGAAAGAAACAUCACAAGAUAAUCACAAUGAGGUUGAAAAUUAUAGAAAAUCUAACGAUAUUAGUGAAAUGGAUGUGAUCAGUGCUGAAGAUGACAAACAAAUAGAAAAUGAGGGAUCAAGUGCAUCAUCAAGACGUGAAAGUAUGGAUGAAUUGUCAUUUGCUAUUGAAAGUGAUUCUAGUCCUACUAAAAAUGGAGUCAGUGAGAAAGUAAUAGUUGAUAAGAGCGAGCUUGAAGCUGCAUUGAAAUAUACCGUUGAUAUAACGGAAGAUUCGUCUGUAGAAAUAUUAUGCGACAUUUAUGUACAACUGAGUAGGUGUGUCGGAAAAUACGCGCAUCAACAUGAUAGAACUUCACUGCCAAAGGAUUUACUCAAGGAGCUGAAUAGAUUCGAAGAGUGUGAAGCAGCUACUCAGGAAGAGACAAUAGAUAUUGUGAAUGCAGAUCAAUUAGAGGAAUUUGAAGAGCAGGAAACAACUACUUAUGUAGACACAGUCAGCAUUGUUACUACACCCGAUACUCCCUAGGUCUUAAAUUAAUAAUGUUCUUCAGACAUAUCAGUUUCUGUUGCGUUGUUACUUUUGAGUAACAUGUAACGCAUGUAGUUCGUUUCUUGAAUUUAUGUCUUACUUCAAUAUUUCAUCUCAAAUGACCUAAUCUAUUGUACAAAAUUAUUACUUUUUUUUGUGAUAUUUCCGUUGCAUCAUUGACAGUAGAUAGGAAUAUUAUCAAUUAACUGUUUUUGUUCUACCACAAGAAUAUCGCAACUCUUUAUUUUAUCAACCAUCGUAUUCAAUAUUGAAAAGCAAAUUCAGAGGGUUCAAAAUACGAAUUAACUUUCUGGCAUAUAAAUAACACACCGAGCAUUUCGAGUGAAUGCGUAAGUCAAUUUAUUUUCAUUUUCUCUGACGAUAAUGAUUAAACCACUUGCGGCUGGAUGAGUCAACGUUCUUCAAAGGUAGAGUGAAAAAAUUUAGAUCAAGUUUGAGCCUGGUAACCGUGAAUCUUUCCGAAUAUUAACAUAGAUACCUGAAGACAUGCAUAUGAGAAAUCUUUCAUAAGCUUUGGACAGUUGCUGAAUAUAGGUAAUUAGGUAACAGCUGCAACGGUGCUUUGAAGGAAGAUGAUAAUUCAAUUCAUUUUGCGCUGAGAGGAUGGUUAUUGUAUACGUCAUUAGAGUUAAAUAAUAAUCGAUUGACAAACCAAAGUACACGAUUUUUGCUUACAUUUAGAUGAGUUUGAAAAUUUCUUAGCAAUAACACGAACAGAACUACAGUAUGUGUCUCUGUACAUCACUAGGAAUAUUAUUAUUAUUUAUCGAGUACUUCAGAGAAGUGUUAGGGUCACAUGAAGUAUCUCAGAGUUUAAAUAUGUUCAAUGAUUCGUGUCUUCUUCAUUAGAACAAUUACUAUUAGCUCAACUUGUCUGUGGAAUAAUUGAUUAUUGUAUCCAUAAAUUAUUGGCUCAACCGGUAACAUGAAACCAUACGAAUAUGACAAAGGUCAUUGUAUGGAGGAAAUGUACUUAAUUGGCAUUCUUCGCGAUCAGUUUGCAAUCUGCCUAUCCUUACAAUUAGAUCAUAUUAGACGUACAAAUGUCAAAAAUACAAGCUGUCAUUGAAAAGUACUUGCAUCAUUUACAUUAGGUCGGUGGUUCUACUAUUUUCUUUUUUAUUCUGUGUAUAAAUUGUUUCAUAAUCAGGAUGUCAGGUGUAACUAGUUGAUAGACUGUUCUAAAUCAGAAGAGUUAUGUAUGGCAUAAGUUCUUUCUGUAAUAUAUAAUACCAUUUACUGAAUAUAGAAUAUAAACGAUUCGUUUUACAUUA